UCAUCCUGCACAGAACUGACCAAACUCUACCCUCCUUCAUAUGCAAACCAGUGCCUGCUACAGAGCCUCCCCUCUGCUCUGCAGCUGCCUAAUAGUGAGCCAACGCUUGUGAAUGGGGAAAGGCGCCUGCGCGGGAGGAUCCGGCUCCCUUCCUGGCAAAAAGUGAGCCGCUCAGUACUUGUCGCUUGCAGCUUGCAGCUGGAAGGGGCGAGGGGGGCAAAAAGCCGCCGGAGCUGUGGAUAUACAGUGUGCAUGUUGACUUGCUCGUGCAUCCGGGCACUGUGGGCAAAAUGCAUGUGGCGCUAAUCUCUAUGGGCUCCCGUGGGAUGCUGUAACCAGAAAAGACGUUGGCCGCGAAUUGUGUUCCUAUGAGGCACAUGCGCAAAACAGAAAAUGCCGCUGGAGACAGUCUGGGUUGUGAAGCUGAUGAGUUUUCAGAUGAAGCAAAUGCCGAAACCUUCUAUGGCACCUCUCCUCCCAGCACUCCCCGACAGAUGAAACGUAUGUCAACCAAACAUCAGCGGAACGGCACGGGGAGGCAAGUCAAUCGAACUUUAUGUAAAGAAAAGAUGAGCACACCAAAUCCGACACCUCCGAAAGAAUCGACUAAAAAUACUGAUAAUGUAGAGGAUCACAGCUAUCGUCAGGAAAAGAAGAACAGAGCAGCGCUCAGGACUACAGAAAGAGAUCGCAAGAAAAACGUGCAAUGCUCCUUUAUGCUGGAUCCAGGCUGUGGAUCCUUGCCAAAAAAAUCCAUACCAGAUGUUGACCUUAAUAAGCCUUACCUCAGCCUUGGCUGCAGCAGUGCCAAGCUACCGGUGUCUGUGCCUGUUCCUAUUGCCAGGACAACACGACAGACCUCAAGAACAGACUGCCCGGCUGACCGCUUAAAGUUUUUUGAGACUCUUCGUCUCCUGCUUAAGCUAACUUCAGUCUCAAAAAAAAAAGAAAGGGAACAGAGGGGUCAGGAAAACACCUCUUCUACCUGGUUUAAUAGAUCGCACGAACUCUUCUGGCUGGAGCUCCAAGCCUGGCAUGCUGGCCGCAGUAUUAAUGACCAAGAUUUGUAUCUUUAUACAGCUCGGCAGGCUAUACCAGAAAUUAUUAAUGAAAUAUUAACUUUUAAAGUAAACUAUGGGAGACUGUCAUCUGUCAGCAAUGGGGGAGAUCUCAACGGGACUUUCUCUGAGGGGACGUGUAUCCAUUCUCAUGAAACUCUUGCAGGUGGUCACUCAAGCUAUCAUGACCACAUCCAGAAACAGAGAGUCUCCUUUGAGCAAGUAAAUCAGAUAAUGGAACUGCUAGAGUAUAUUGAGGCACUUUAUCCAUCUUUACAGGCUCUCCAGAGAGACUUUGAAAAAUAUGCUGCAAAAGACUUUCAGGCACGAGUGCAGGCACUCUGUUUAUGGCUUAAUAUAACCAAGGACCUGAAUCACAAGCUCAGGAUUAUGGGAACCGUUCUAGGGAUCAUAAAUCUUUCUGACAUUGGCUGGCCAGUGUUUGAAAUAUCGUCGCCACGUCCAUCAAAUGGUCCAGAAGAAGAGGGCAAUGAAAUGGAACAAGAAGGGGUUAUGAGCACAGAAAGCUCAGGAACUUGUACAGAAGAAAGUGACGAUGAAAAAGAUGAGAUGGACAACAUGCUAGAUGCCAGGCAGGACGUGGAGAAUAAUUUAAACAGCAAAUUAAAGGUUCAUUUUAUAAAAGAGGACACCUUUCAGAAAUUGGACAAGUUAAUGUCGGAGGAUGACUCCUGCUGGGUAACUUCAGAAUGUAGCCAUGACAAUGGCUGUAGUAAGGAUUGUUUGACUUCGAUAUACCGACCCUUUGUGGACAAGGCAUUAAAGCAAAUGGGGCUCCGAAAGUUGAUUUUAAGGCUUCAUAAAUUAAUGCAUGGCUCACUUCAGAGGGCGCGCACAGCUUUGAUAAAGGCCGAGCAUAAACUGGAGUCUUCAGAGUUCCCAGACCUCAUGUUAUGCUCAGAUUAUUUACCGGACCUACUGAAGCAAUCUUCUAGUUCCAUGCAGAACUUGAAUCCAUGGGAACCUAUCUCAUUAGAAGAGCUGAAUGCCAUGGACCUGCCAUCUUUUGAGCCAGCCUUCCUAGUCCUUUGUCGUGUACUUUUAAAUGUAAUUCAUGAAUGUCUCAAAUUGAGAUUGGAGCAGAGGCCAGCUGGAGAACCAUCACUCCUGAGCAUUAAACAGUUAGUGAGAGAGUGCAAAGAAGUGCUGAAAGGUGGUCUGCUUAUGAAGCAAUACCAUCAGUUCAUGCUCCGAGAAGUACUAGACGAUUUUCACAAGCCUGACUGUAACAUUGAUGCUUUUGAGGAAGACCUGCACAAAAUGUUAAUGGUGUACUUUGACUACAUGCGGAGCUGGAUCCAGAUGUUGCAGCAGUUACCUCAGGCAUCUCACAGCCUGAAAAACCUUCUGGAGGAAGAAUGGAAUUUCACCAAAGAAAUUACACCUUACAUACGGGGAGGAGAAGCUCAGGCUGGGAAACUCUUCUGUGAUAUAGCAGGAAUGCUGCUAAAGUCCACAGGGAAGUUCCUGGACUCUGGCUUACAGGACAGCUGUGAUGAAUUUUGGGCCAGCACAGAUGAUGGUAGUGUCUCUGAUGAAAUUAGGAGAUCAGUUAUAGAAACCAGCCGUGCCCUGAAAGAACUCUUUCAUGAAGCCAGAGAGAGAGCAUCGAAAGCUCUCGGAUUUGCUAAAAUAAUAAGAAAGGAUUUGGAGAUUGCUGCAGAGUUUACAUUUUCUGCAUCUGUGCAAGACCUGUUAGCUUACCUAAAAAGCAAGAAUUAUUCAAAGGUGCUAGUUCCCACCCUGGAAAAUCUGCAUGUGUUUGUUCCAGAUAAUUUUUCUAGAGGAAGAACUGUUAUUUUGCAGCUACUAAAUGCUGCAGCUGGUGUCGACUGUUCUAAGGACUGUGAAGACGUGGCAUAUGAUGCCUUCUUGUUGAUGACCAAGCACACUGAAGUGGACCAGCAUUUGGCGGAUGUCUGGAGUAGCUGGGAAGGGCAGACUGUGAAAAUAGUGCCACCUGUAGAAACCGUUGAUACGUUGAGAAGUAUACAGGUUGACAAUCUACUGCUUGUGGUAAUGCAAUCUGCCCAUUUGUUGCGCAAUAGAAAACAUUUUCAGCACUCUGUUGAGGACAUCUUGUCUCUGAAGCUUGAACAGACAUCCAGCCAUCCAGUAAUCGCAGAAGCUUUGCAUCAACUCAAGAGCGACUCCUUAGACCUCUGCAGUAAGAUCAACAGCGCCAUAGACCGGGUGGAUCAGCUGUACAGCUCCGAAUUUGAAGCAGAGAUGGAUGAAUCAGAAUCCUCCACUUUGCAGCAGUAUUAUCGAGAAGCCAUGAUUCAAGCUUACAACUUUGGUUUUGAGUACCACAAAGAAGUUGUUCGUCUGAUGUCUGGGAAAUUCAGAAAGAUAAUUGGGGACAAAUAUAUCAGCUUUGCCAGAAAGUGGAUGAACUAUGUUCUGACCAAAUGUGAAAGUGGUCGAGGAACCAGACCAAGAUGGGCAACACAAGGAUUUGACUAUCUCCAAGCUAUUGAACCAGCAUUUAUCUCAGCUCUUCCCGAGGAUGACUUUCUGAGUUUGCAAGCACUCAUGAAUGAAUGCAUUGGCCACGUUAUUGGAAAACCACAUAGUCCUGUCACCGGCUUGUACUUGAUUACACAUCGCAAUAGUCCACGACCUGUAAAGGUGCCUCGAUGUCAUAGUGACCCACCAAAUCCCCACCUGAACACUCCUGCUCCUGAAGGCUUUAGGGGCUCAAGUGUCCCAGAGAAUGACAGACUGGCCUCCAUAGCAUCUGAGUUGCAGUUCAGAUCCCUAAGUCGACAUUCAAGCCCAACGGAGGAGAGAGAAGAGCCUACUUAUCCGAAGGCGGAGCAAGGAAGUUCUACAAGGCGAAGUUGGGAGCUUCAGAACCUAAUUAGUCAGACUCGAGACAUUGCUGCCAGGCACCGACCUAUGGGUGCUAUUCAGAAAUCAGUCAUGGUAUUCGAGGAGCAAAGAUACCGAGAAAUGAGGAGGAAAAACAUAAUUGGACAAGUCUGUGAUACUCCUAAGUCCUAUGAUAACUUUAUGCAUGUUGGGUUGAGAAAAGUGACCUUCAAGUGGCAAAGAGGAAACAAAAUUGGUGAAGGUCAGUAUGGCAAGGUCUACACAUGCAUUAGUGUUGAUACUGGAGAACUCAUGGCAAUGAAAGAAAUCCGCUUUCAGCCAAACGACCAUAAGACAAUUAAGGAAACUGCAGAUGAACUGAAAAUUUUUGAAGGCAUUAAACACCCUAACCUUGUUCGCUACUUUGGGGUGGAACUUCACAGAGAAGAAAUGUAUAUUUUCAUGGAAUAUUGUGAUGAAGGUACUUUGGAGGAAGUCUCUAGACUUGGUCUUCAGGAGCAUGUCAUAAGGCUUUAUACCAAGCAGAUCACAAUUGCAAUAAAUGUGCUCCAUGAACAUGGCAUUGUUCAUCGAGAUAUUAAAGGAGCAAAUAUUUUCCUGACAUCUUCCGGCCUAAUAAAAUUGGGAGACUUUGGAUGCUCGGUGAAGCUGAAGAAUAAUGCCCAGACUAUGCCUGGCGAAGUAAACAGCACAAUGGGGACAGCAGCAUACAUGGCACCAGAGGUCAUCACAAGAGCGAAAGGAGAAGGGCAUGGCCGUGCAGCUGACAUCUGGAGUCUGGGCUGCGUCCUCAUUGAAAUGGUUACUGGCAAGAGGCCAUGGCAUGAAUAUGAACACAAUUUCCAGAUUAUGUACAAAGUGGGUAUGGGACACAAGCCUCCCAUUCCAGAUCGUUUGAGCCCAGAAGGUAAAGAUUUCCUUUCUCACUGUAUGGAAAGCGAUCCAAAGAAGCGAUGGACGGCUAGCCAACUACUGGACCAUCCUUUUGUCAAGGUUUGCACAGAUGAAGAAUGAUGCUGUCAAGAAGAUAUGGCCUAAUAGAUUUCAGCAAGUCAUCUCUUAAUAACUACUGUAUGUAAUAUUUACAUAAAGACUACGCUGAGGCACACAGUGCAACGUCAUGUAAUACCGUGACUUAAGACUGCACAGGUGGCAGCCGUCACUUCUGCUGCUGCUGCUCUCAUACAUGUUGUUUGGCACAUUUUCUUCAUAUGACAAUGUCCCGCACGUAUUUUUUGUUUUUAUAAAAGCUGCAUGUUUCGGUGAAGUGCCAUUACUACUGUAUAUGGACCAUUGUGUUUUAAUUUGUUCUCUGGCUUAUUUCUCAUAUGAAUGAGAACUGUAAUAAACAUAGUACUGUUUUCAACUUAUCAAGCUCUGACGCAAGUUGUAGUAUUACCAUGCAUUCUGGACCUUGUAAAUGUUUCUACUUCCCGAUUGUCGAGUGCACUGUGAACCUGUCAUUCUAUGGCCAGCUACAGAUUUGUUAUGCAAGAAAAGAAAAAAAAGUUCACUAAGUUGGAAAAACAUUUUCUUAAUAAAUGGUUUAUUUUAGGACAUCUAAGUAUUUUGUUGCUGCUUAUCUGGAAUGGGUUCAUGGAGGGGAACAGGGUAAAGGAAACCUUAGUUUUAGUAUUGAUAAAAGCAACAACUGCACUAGCGCAU